AUGGCUAGCGACUGUGCAACAGACGCAGCGUCUUCGCCUCUUGAUGGGUCCUUGUGCGGUCACGAGACUCUGGAAUCCAUGCUGAAGGCUCAUCUUCCCAAGGAUAAACUCGAGGAAGCCCUUCGCGUCCUUCACGGCCAUUCCAAUGGUGAGGGCUUGGUUUCUUCAGUCACCCUCCCAGAAGCAGCAACAGAGGCAGCACAACGGCUCGACUUCGACCUGCAGGCCUACAAAUUCGGCGCAGCACGCGAGCAGCUUCGGGAGCCACGUGUCGUCCGAGCAGCCCUGGUGCAGAACCGAAUCGUGCUUCCCACCACAGCGCCAUUCGCGGAGCAACGCGGCGCGAUCAUGAGCCGCGUGACAGAGAUAAUCGACGUCGCAGCGUCGUGCGGAGUUAAUAUUCUGUGCCUGCAGGAAGCCUGGCCGAUGCCCUUCGCGUUUUGCACACGGGAGAAGCACUGGUGCGAGUUUGCAGAGGUGGUUCCGGAGGCUAGUAGCAGUAACGGGGGUGAUAAUAAAGGGAUGGGCUGGCCGACAGUGGCAUUGGUGUGUGAGCUGGCGAGACGGCACAACAUGGUGAUUAUAAGCCAUGUGCUUGAAAGGGAUGUGACUCACGGCGACACUGUGUGGAACACCGCUGUUAUCGUGGGCAACAAAGGGAACAUCAUUGGGAAGCACCGCAAGAAUCACAUCCCGCGGGUGGGUGAUUUCAACGAGAGCACCUACUACAUGGAGGGAAACACGGGCCACCCUGUGUUUGAGACGGAGUUUGGGCAACUGGCGGUCAACAUCUGCUACGGCCGCCACCACCCCCUCAACUGGAUGGGGUUCGCACUCAACGGAGCUGAGAUCAUAUUCAACCCGUCUGCCACUGUGGGAGGGUUGAGCGAGCCGCUGUGGCCCAUAGAGGCGCGGUGUGCAGCCAUUGCCAACAGUGUGUUUGUGGGGGCAAUCAACCGCGUGGGCACUGAGACCUUCCCCCACGCCUUCACAUCGGGGGACUGCCGGCCGGCCCACAGCGACUUUGGGCAUUUCUACGGCUCCUCCUACUUCGCUGCUCCUGACGGCUCGCGCUCCCCCGCUGCCUCUAGGUGCCGCGAUGGGCUCAUGAUCGCUGAUUUGGACCUCAACCUGUGCCGCCAGGUGCGGGACAAGUGGGGAUUCCAAAUGACCGCCCGCUACGACAUGUACCGAGAUCUUUGGGACCGAUACUGCCGCCCGGACUUCCAGCCACAAAUCAUCAGAGACCCCGCCCUCCCACCUUCAUGA